GGAGGAGUGACUUGCCGCAGGAAAAGAUAAAGACAUCUAACAUAAUACAAGUAAAUACUUCUCUGUUGGAUAAUCCUGAUUGGCAGGAAGACUUGUUCAUGUUCUUGAUCGACAGACCAGAUCUCAAUCAUACAUCAUAGAGAACUCGAGAUCAAGCUCUCGCAUCCAGAAAAUACACGAUCACAAACACCAACGCAUUCCAGCUUCACCGAUUUACCAACUCGAUAUGGCCAAUAUCAAAGUGGGUGUGGCCGUUACGUCAUGAACGUGCCCCGCCACGGCUCGUCCUUUUAACGUCGUCAAUCCGGAUCGAACGUCUGUCCAUCACAAAGUACCUUGCUGAAUUAUCUUCAAAAAAUGUCAUCCUACGUCCUUGUUACUGGGGCCACUGGUCUUCUUGGCCGGCAGGUCUUUAACACCUUCAAGCACUCUGGCUGCCUUGUGGUCGGCCAGGGCUUUUCGAGAGCUACCCCGCCUACGAUUCUCAAGGCGGACUUGGAGAACCCCGAGGAUGUCAAGCGGAUUAUGUUCGAGGUGAAGCCUCAGAUUGUUAUCCACUGUGCCGCGAACCGUUCGCCGGAUCUCUGCGACAAAGACCCCGAAGCAGCUCGACGAGUGAACGUGGACGCCACCCGGGCCCUUGCGGAAGAAACCAACGCUACCGGCGCACUCCUCAUCUACAUCUCUACAGACUACGUCUUCCCGGGUACAGAGGGGGAUGCACCUUACCAAGUGGAUGCGGAGACGAGGCCCCCCAACCUGUAUGGCCAGUUGAAGCGCGAUGGUGAGUUGGCGGUUCUAGAAGCUACCCGGGAUACUGGGUUGGGCGUUGUUCUGCGUGUCCCCGUGUUGUACGGCUCCGCGAAGAGCAACUCAGAGAGUGCGGUGAAUACCUUGGUCGAUGCAGUGUGGAAGGCACAGGAUGAGAAUGCAGGCGUCAAGAUGGACGAUUGGUCCCUGCGGUACCCGACCAACACUGAGGAUGUGGCACGGGUCUGCCGGGACAUUGUGAUCAAGUACGUCAAGGAGAAGCGACGAAUCAAAGAACUGCCCAAGAUUCUCCAGUUCUCCUCAGAGGAUCGGAUGACAAAGUACGAGAUGUCUGAGAAACUGGCGGAGGUGCUUGGACUGUCGCUGGCAGGGAUGGAGAGGAACAAGCAAGGAAACGACCCGAAUGCGUCUGUUCAGCGACCAUACGAUACACACCUGUCCACCGAGGCGUUGAAGGAGCUUGGGAUUGACGUUAGCACCCAGGACUUUGUUGCAUGGUGGCGAAAGAACCUGGGCGCGUACAAAAAAUAAGCAGGGUCUUGAGACGGUCAUACGAUGGAACAUUUGAGACUGGACUUGGACUUGCAGGGGCUGUAUAUUUUUUAUUUUAUUUUUUUCUCCAUGGAAUCCAACGAUGCAUGGUGUGAUAAUAGAAAAAAUGUAUUGCAUAAUAUAGCAUACAGGCUACUUCAAAAAGACAGGUCAAAUCAAAUACUGAGAGUGCAAAGAGUUAUUUAAUGAAUUAAAUGAGCUAAACAAGAGCUUUGUGCAGCACAAUAAUUGAAGCGAUAGACUGUCAAU